AUGGCCUCUCAGCCGCCGCCGCCGCCUCCGCUUAAGAAAAAAUCCCCGCCACCGCCAGCCGCUCCCACCACCAUAAGCGACCUCGGCGACGACCUCCUGCGCGAGGUAUUUCUCCACCUCCCCUCCCUCCCGAGCCUCGUCCGCGCGGCUCUCGCCUGCCCCGCCUUCCUCCGCGCCGUCCGUUCGUCCCCCGCCUUCCGCCGCCGCUUCCGCGAGCUCCACCCGCCACCGCUCCUCGGCGUAUUCCUCAACAUACACGAUCCAUCAUCCAUACCCGUAUUCGUCCCCACCCGCCGCCACUCCGACCGGGACCACGCCGCCGCCAUCCGCGGCGCAGACGUCUUCUUUACCCUGCUGCCCGAAGACGAUAAUGACGUCGACCCCCAAUGGUCAAUGGAGUACUGCGGCGACGGAUUUUCUCUUCUCGUCAACUGGAAAAUCAAGAAAAUGGCCGUCUACAAUCCGCUCACACGGUCCCUGGAUCUCUUCCCCGUGCCGCCGGACGAGAUCUGGAGGGGCAUGUAUGUCGAGUUCUACAUGCUCGCCUCCGGAGACAACAACGGGCCUUUCCACGUUGUCUCCGUCUCUUGCCGAAUGCCGGGGGCGCAGGCCGCCGUCUUCUCGUCAGACAGCAAAGAGUGGAAGGUUUUCCCAUUUUCAGAGGAUGUACAUAGCUCUCUGAAUGGUACACUGGCGAACGGCUCUGUUUAUUGGACAUUACCCAGCGGGGCCAACAUCCGCGUGCUGAACACGGCCACGCUGCAAUUCUCUCAAAUCGAGCCGCCGCUGCAUACCGAAGGGCAAGAUGAAUUUAUUCCUGGCGAGACCAAAGAUGGGAAGCUCUGUCUAGUUUGCGCAGUUAAACUCAUGCUUGUUGUCUGGGCCCGGAGAACUGACAACAAUGGUGAGGACAAAUGGGUGCUGGAUAAGACAUUUUCGCUGCAGGAUGAUACGGAUAACAUCUCCCGGUAUUGUCUGGAUGAUGAUGUUUCGCUCAAUGUUGUGGCGAUUAUUGGUGGCUUUGUUUAUUUCUACACCUUCUACGCCGAAGGCGUGGCGAAGGUCUUCCUCGACAACUGCAGCGUCGAGGCCCGCAUUGAUGGCGGCAAACUAAGUGAGGCUGAUGAAGUCGUUGUCAUCGGCGUUAGCCUCCUCCAUCAUGUGCGCUACGUCGUCAUCCGUGGCGGCGUGGCCGACGGCUAA